AUGAUUCGAUAUUUGGUCUUGGACACUGCCAUCAAGAAGGAACACGAGCAUUCUACCCCUCUUCGUGUCGGUGCUGUGAACACGGGCAACUCUGGCACCCGGAGCGGUGGCUACACAGGAUACGGAACUCCAUCCGGGAAACUCCUACGGCCAGCGCCGAUCGACUGGCAGACAAUCUAUGCCCAGAGCACUGGCACCAAGAACGCGCUGCGUACCGCUUAUACAAGAAGCAUGAGGAGGCAUAUGAUGACGCAGCUUUUGACGCCUCUGGGUGGCUUCGGCGGAGGCCAGGGAAACUCUGGCGGUCUCAAGUACGGCGCGUCCCCGUACUACCCGGCGACCCCUGACUACUACAGCCAGCACCGGCAGCACCAGCAGCCGUACUGGCCUACUACGGCGCAUCCCCCUACUACCCGGCGACCCCUGGCUACUACAGCCAGCACCAUCAGCAGCAGCCAUACUGGCCCACUCCCUUCGUCCAAGAAGGCAGCGUACUAA